AGUGUGUUUUCAGCAGCAGUCCUGCAUGAGGCCAGCAGCUCCUCUUUCCUGCUGUUGUUUACUACACUCUGUUCCUGUUUGCUGUUGCCUGGUUGUCAGAAGCAUGUUGGCCAAGAAGCAGAAGUUGUCCACCAGUGAAGUGAGACACAAACAGGCAGACUGUCUACACCCCCUGGCAGCUCACUCACACUGGAUUUCUGUGGCAUGGCUCCGUCAGAGGACGGUGUGAGUGUCUGGAGCUGUAAGCAGGUGGCCCAGUGGCUGCAGGAGGAAGGUUUUGGGGAGUAUGUGGAGGUAUUGUGCACCCAGCACCGCCUGGACGGGCCUAGCCUGCUGGCUCUGACUGAGGCUGACCUGCGGGGUCCACCACUGGGCCUGACUGUGCUGGGAGACAUUAAGAGGUUAACCUUGGCCCUCCGCCGGCUCCAGAGACAGAACCAGGCCGAGCUGGAGGAGCUGGGCCUGCAGCCGUCAGACAACCUACCUUCUGGACUCUCGUCAGGUGCCGCAGGAGGAGAGUGGGGAUACGACGGAGCAGAGAGGAGAUAUAAUGGAGCUGAUCGCUUGUGUAAUGGGACUGAGCUGCGGCUUAGGAAUGGUGACAGAUCUGGAUACGGUUUAGGAGCGACACUGUGUCAUACACACUCCAACUGGAGGUGUAGGCAGCACCUGGCUGGUAGACUGGACCCAGAAGUGUGGAAGACAGUCAUGAGUUGCAUUUAUGUGUUUCUUGUGUUCGGAUUCACGUCUGUUGUCAUGGUGUUUGUGCACGAGCGUGUCCCCGACAUGAGGACAUACCCCCCACUUCCUGAUAUAUUCCUGGACAGCGUUCCCAGAAUCCCCUGGGCUUUUGCAAUGGCCGAAGCUUGUGGCCUCCUCCUGUGUUAUAUGUUUAUGUUGAUCCUGCUGCUUCACAAACACAGAUCCAUUCUCUUCAGGCGGUUGUGUUCUUUAAUGGGAACCGUGUUUCUGCUUCGUUGCUGCACCAUGUUUGUCACCUCGCUCUCUGUGCCCGGGCAGCACCUGAAGUGUGCCAGUAAGACAUACGGUGAUACCUGGGAGAAGAUACAGAGGGCACUAGCGAUCUGGAGUGGGUUUGGGAUGACCCUGACCGGUGUGCAAACGUGUGGAGACUACAUGUUCAGCGGACACACGGUUGUCAUAACGAUGCUCAACUUUUUCGUGACUGAAUACACGCCACGAACCUGGAACCUGAUUCACACCAUCUCCUGGGUGCUGAACCUGUUUGGCAUCUUCUUCAUCCUGGCAGCCCAUGAGCACUAUUCCAUCGACGUGUUCAUUGCCUUCUACAUCACCACCCGCCUCUUCCUCUACUACCACACUCUAGCUAACACCCGUGCCUACCAACACAGCCGGCGAGCACGCAUCUGGUUCCCCAUGUUCUCCUUCUUCGAGUGCAAUGUGAACGGACCUGUCCCCAAUCAGUAUCACUGGCCCUUCAACAAACCCACCUUCAUGAAGACUCUGAUUGGAUAGAGUAAGACGUUCAGACAGCUGCUGCUGCUGAGUGCAUGGACUGUAACAUUUACAGCCGGAAUUAGAAACUUUAUACUUGACAUGCUGCUUCUUAUCUCAUUUUUUUACCUCAUUUGCAUAAAUCUUUAUUUUGUUAAAUAAUUUUAUGUUUAAAGGAAAAGUUUAACAGUUUGUUGUCCACAUUCAUGUCUGUCUAAUGAAUAUAAAGCUAAUGUGAGCAGUGGGUUAGCUCAGCAUCAAGGCUCUGUUUAAAGGUAACAAAAUUUAACUAUUGGCACUAAAACCAAAGAUUAAACUGACACCUUGUCACUGUGACUCACUGCUGCUCGUCAUAUAAUGAUUUGGCAUGACACUUGUUGUACUCAAUGUGUUGGUUUCACACUGCUGCUUUUGUACGGAUUUAAUUAGAAUGGCACUCAGUGGGGGGCAUACCUCCACCGAGGACCGUUUCCUUAAAUCCAAUCUAGCUGCACCAAUGCCACACACUCAUUGAUAUAAGAUUCAACCUCUGUAUCACAUCUGCAUCAAAAUCAAAUGGGUUCUUCCCUGACCCGUGCAGCAUCUUUCCACCAAGUUACGUGGUAAUCCAUAUUAUAGUUUAUGCGUUAUCUUGCUCACAAACAAACAAAUGGACAGGGGUGAAAACUAACUUCCUUAGCAGAGGUUUCAAAAACUUAACACUUCAAUAGAUGUGUUUCAGAGAUUAUUAUAAUUGUUUCUCUUUAAACAGAGCCAUGCUCCCUGUUUCCCCCUGUUUCCAGUCUUUGUGCUAAGCUAUUCUCUCCACCCUGCUGUAGAGCUUCAGGUUUAAUGGACAUAUAUGAAAGCAGUAAUUUCUCACCUAACAAUAGCAAACUGAAUUUAUUCCUUUUUAAUUUAUUCCGAGAUUAAACUGCACACUGCCACAUACAGUGAAAUAAACGUGGUUUACUACAGGUUCAGACAUUUCCUUUGAUACAUAUUUGCCUUGAAAUAAUCACUUUGAUUAUUUAUAUUCCACUUUUGGGAUAAUUCAGGUUCACUUAUGGUUUGGUGGUCUUGAGUUUUACUCCAAUUUGAAAUAGGAACUGAUCAGCAGCCAUCCAUGAAGAUUACUACUCUGAUUCUUUGAGAGUUGUCAUAAUGACAGUUUAUGUGUUGUUUUGCUGGAAACAGAUGUGACACCAGUUUGGUGGCUGCUACCAAAGGAAAAACGUUUCUUUCAAUUGUUCAUCUGUUUUAGUCACUCGUCUGUUUUUUGCAUUUAAACUUAAUUUUUCACUUAAUUUUUCGAUAGCUUUGUUGUAUUAGUUGGUGUCACCGCUGGAACACAACAUUGGGCUGCCUACAUUCGCAACUUUUACAAACCAAAUAUCUGAACUUUUAUUGCAAUAUUCAAUUUUGCCAAUGAGCCUAUUUGUUUACAGGGUGCUAAUGAUGAAGCUGGGUUUGUUGAGACUGUUUUGUCCAGUUUCUCUAUGUUGCACAAAGACUUUUCAUGAAUGCAACUGUGGACAAACUGUUAGAUAACUCAAAAGUGAAGUGAAUAGGAUCUUGUGGUUGAUCAAAACUAUAUUUAAAAAAAAUCGUUUACAGUUUGUUGUUUUAUUUUUAAUCCAAGUGCUUUGUCUGCUUUUUGGCUCUACAAUAAAAGUUUACAGAUAU